GGCGUUCAACAAAACAAAAUAAAUAAACAAAACAGUUUUGAAUGAAACCGCUCAUAUAACUUUCUGCCAUAUAGGCGACACGUUCAGGAAAUAAGGAAUAUCAAUGGAUAACUAUUAUAAAAAUGUACUAGAUCUAUUUUUUCUCCAAUUUCUUUGAAUAUUAGGCAAGGCGAAUGUAAUAACAUAUAUAUUGUGGAGUAACAUAUAUUUUCAAAUAUUAAAUGCUAUGAUUCCAAAAUCAAGUUGUAUAAGCAUUUGUAAAACUUUAUCCACUACACGACAUUUGUUAGCACGUGACCGGAAGUUCCGCACAGCUGACAUCAAACGGAGACGUCGAGAACGCUGCCUGGAUCGAUCAGUCGAGCUACUUGCAGAUGUCUUUGUCACCGAUUUAUUUCGAACCCGACAAUGACGAAGCCUAUGCUGCAAGCGAACUUCUUGAAGUUCCAAAGAAGAAAACAGCCAGGAGAAGCUUGGAGAGCCAGUUUGAAACUUGUUUCCAAGAAAAACCUGCCACACCACAGCAGGUAGUCGACUUGGAAGUUCAAGAACAACUUGAAGUCCAUGUUCAAUUACCAAAGGAAACAAGUGAGUCAAGGUCAAGUGAUAAAGUACCUCAUGAAAAGGACCGCGAUGGCACGAACGAAAUGCUGCCGACAAGACUUUUCCAGGAAAUGCAUUCUCAGGUACUACCAGCAACAAGCACUGAGAGUAUAAGUAGUGCAGUUUCUUACAGACAAAAAAGUAAAUCACCAACUAGAACCCCAAGCUUCUGUGCGGCCAUCUCUGCGUCCCUCAUGUCACUCGAUGAAGAAAUGAGAAAGAAGGAGGCUGAGAUGCUGGCAUCAAGAAGCAAAAUGUUGAAAAUAAAGUCAAGUACACCAAAAAGCAUAGCCUGUCUUCCUCCAUCACCCCAGGUUCCCAACCAGACCAGCACCCCAGCUCCAGAUCAGAUCAUUGCCAUGUCAACAUCCCAAUGCAAUACAAUUGAAAGUGAUUCUGUAUUGUGUCGCAUCUGCCAUGAUGGAGACAGCAGUGAAGAACUUGUCUCUCCUUGCUAUUGUACUGGUAGCGUGGGAGCUCUCCAUUUGACCUGCCUAGAACGGUGGCUGGGUACCUCUAACACAACCAGAUGUGAGAUAUGUAAAUAUGAGUUCAAAGUGGAAAGGAAACCAAGACCAAUUAUAGAAUUUCUGCGACACAAUGCCUCUGCAUCAGAUAGGAAGAACCUAGCAUGUGACUUAGUGUGCUUCAUUGUGCUCACACCACUGACUGUGUGCAGUGCCUUUCUGUGUUUGAUGGGGGUACAUCACUACUCCCAGUUGAGUGGGAAGUGGGAAGUUCCUGGUCUAGCCUCACUGACUGCCUGUCUUCUCACAGUUUAUACUAUCUGGUGCUGUGUUGCUGUUAAACACCACGUCCAAGUUGUGACAGACUGGCGAAAGAAGAACCAGAUUAUCAAGAUCAUCUAUCUGUCUCCCACCAAAGGAAAGGCAGUGUUGCACACGGAGACUGUCUGUGAUGUCAACAACAAUGCCAGGUCUCCAGCACACACACAGAUAUCCCACAGUGCCAACACACCUCGCAGCUCCCAGUGUGGGGGAGAAGUCGCCCGGGACACUCCCAAGUCCUACAACACUGCUAUGUUGAAACCUAUUCUGAAAUACUCUGUUAAUCUCCAAGCUUACAGUCAUCCCUCUGGACUAGACACAACUGGUACAUCUGUAUCUCACACCAUCUUGUGGGGGGGACCCGAUUUAUCGGAAUGUAGUUCUAACCCCAUCAUGAUAACACGAGCUACUAGUUCACAAAUGAUGGCUGUUUUGGGCAAGGAGACCUAUGUUUAGGUAAUGUUAAACUGAUUGUACAUUAUGUGCACUCAGAAACAAAGAGCAGAAAUAUAUUAUGAAAUAUUUAUUAAUCACCAAAAUGUUAUUGAAAUUAUAUGUAUCACAAGACAGUUGCAUGUUCCAAAUUGUACCCUGAUUUGUCGAAAUAACUAUGUUUUUACCAUGCUUAAGCCAAGUCUGACAUUGAGAGAGUUGUAAUAUUAAGACCUUGUCAACUCAUUAACAUAUAAACAGUGAUACAUUGUGAUUGUAAAUAUUUGGACAUUUACUUUUCUCAUUCGAUUUGUUUCUGCAAAUGCAGUAGCAGCGUUCUCACAAUCCAUUUAAACAUAUUUUUCUCACUUGUGGCAUAUACGUGCACAUUUGUAUAGCCUGGUAGAAAGUUGUACAUAGGUCUGGUUGAUUGACAGUGUUACAAGUCCAGUUGAGAUGGCUGCCUGUUGUAAGGGAAUGUCAUCUCUUCAAGUUUCAUAUUUCCACAUCUUUUUACAAGAUGAUGUUUCUUUUCAUUGCGCAUUCCAGACACCACAGGUCCACAUCAUCAUUACUGGAUCUAUAGUCUCAUCGAAUUUGGACGCUAAACUUGACAUUGUAUCCUCCUGCAACAUAGUCUGUGAUACAGUUUUGCAAUCCUGAUAAACAUUCUAAAUCUGUGAUACGUUUUUUUUUACAUAUAUCGUUUCACAUACUCUUGAAAACUGUGUAAUUUGUAUUUGUUUCAACAUAUGUUUACAAUUGUUGUUCAAAUCCACAGUUAAAAAGACAAUAAACUUGUUGAGCCUUA